AAUUUCUCGCAACGAUUAAAUCAACCUAAUGUGACAGAAAUUUCAAAAAUGCACAUUUUGAUAAGCUCACCAUUUUCUUUUUGCAACACAAUGUUCAAUGCACUUAAACAGAAAAUGAAUAAGGUUCGUUGUUUAAGUGGAUCAUCAAAUGUGGGACCGUUUAUUACAAUAUUUACUGGCUUACUUAUCCUUGGCAUUGGCCGAACGAUGCCUUACUCACUUGGCCUUCCUUUAAUUGACGAUAAUGUGAAACGACACAAUUUACCACUUUAUUUUGCUGGCAUGGUUUUCAUUCGUAUUCUCGGGCCAUUUCUUGGUUUUUUAAUUGGUAGUAUUGUUAACAACUACUAUUACAGCUUCGAUAUACCAGCUGGAUUAACAUCUCGGGAUCCAUCAUGGAUUGGGCGCUGGUGGGCAGGCUUUCUCGGUAUUGGUAUUGUAAUGCUUUGUCCAUCGUUAACUUUAUAUUUGUAUCCGACAUGUGUCAAUUACAACAAAUUCAAUGAUUUAGAUGAAGAAUAUUAUAGUGUUGCAAAGAAUAAUUUGAACGAUCAUAUACCUUCUGAAAUUCAAUCAUUGGCAAAUGAAAGGGUUAAAGUAGGAGAAAAAUUACGGUACAAAGGUUUGGCGCUAAUUGAUCGAUAUGCUGCAAGAAAUGAAGCAGGCAAUAUCGUCGUGCCAACUUCUGUAAAAGCAAAAAUCAUUGAUUUUAUUUCAACCGUACAGGUAAUCAUGAAAUCACCAAUAUUUGUUUUUUCAAUGAUUGGUCGUAUAAUAGAUGUUUUUGCAUUUAAAGGAUUUUUCACUUUCCUUCCAAAAUAUUUAGCAGUACAAUUCGGCUUACCACAGCAUAAAAUUAAUCUUUUUUUAGGAUUAACGAGUUUACCAGGAUUUGCUAUUGGUUUAUUUAUUGGUGGUUUUAUAAUGCGAAAAUUCAGAUUGCAAGGUCGGAAAGCAGCAGCAUAUAUUCUUGUAUGCUCAUUGAUUGCUACUUUAUUUUCUCUUCAUAAUGCAAUAAUUGGUUGCAAAUCAAUACUUAGUUUAAUUAGUGAUGAGGCUAAAUUGACCAAUCAAAAUUUUACGACAAUAUGUAACAGUGGUUGUGAUUGCAUCGGUAUACCAUUAUAUCCAGUCUGUAAUCGAGAAAGCCAACCAUUUUAUUCCCCUUGCCAUGCUGGCUGUUCCUUAGACCAAACUUUUUCCAAUCUUUCAAAUGGCAAAAUCUUCCAAAAUUGUAGUUGCUCGAAUAGCACGGAUAAUAAAGUUUCACGUGAUUUCUGUGAUCAAAGCGUUUGUGAGCAACAAUUCGCUUGGUACUUUGUGAAUUUGGCAUUUUCGGGUAUCUUUAGUGGGAUGAGCAUUAUCCCAGCAGUACUAAUAGUUCUCAGAUCGGUAUCACCAGUGAAUCGAAGCAUUUCUCUUGGCUUCCAAGGAUUUCUUGUCAGUUUAAUCGCAACACUACCAUCAUCCGUUUUUUGGGGCUGGAUCAUCGAUAAAGGUUGUGUUAUGUGGAAUACAGCAUGCGUAGAGAGAUCGUGGGGUGCUUGUGAAUUAUAUGAUAGUGAUAAAUUGCGACUUACAACUCAUUUAACUUAUGGCAUAAUAAGAUUAGUAUCAUCAAUACCUGAUAUUGCUGUAUUUUACUUCGCAAAAGAUCUCUUAUUAACUGAUUAUGGGCCAAAUGAAAAAAUAAAAACGGAACAGUCAUUUAACUGA